AUGUUUCGAUCGUUAAACAAAUGGCAGAAAUUGGGUGCAUCCAUAUCAUCUCGAAAUUUAUUAUCCACCACUGUGAUUAACGCUGAGAAUUCACCGACUGGCAAAGAAUUAUCACCAAAUGCAAUGGAUAAAGUCGAGAUACCGUAUGCUGUUAAGGCAAGUUUUCCCUCUUCUGUGUUCAUGAUGGUUAUCAUAACUAUGCGCAGUCCAACUGAUUUGCUUCGCGCACUGGCUGAUACAAUUGAUGCCGACCCGACAGCUCCACAUUUUGCUCUUAUUGAUGAUCCGUUGACAAUUCCCACAGAUUCUCAACGCGAUUUAUAUUUUGUUGCUAAGGAAAUGGGACGUCGUGCAGCUCAACAGCUUGCUCAAGAAUGGCCAACGUUAUUCAUGUAUGAUACAGAUGUCCCACGUAUUCAAGCUUAUCGACCCCAGAAAUCACCCGAUCUUUCUGAGCUUGCUCCUACCGUUGAAAAUUUACAAAAAUUGAUUGCAAGAAAGGAGGUAGUGGGUGCGAAUCAAUUGUACGAUAAAUUAGCCAUCGAAAAUAUCACAAUACCUCGAGAAGUAUUGGUUGACUUAUUUUGCCUAUUGGUCUACUAUAACUGUAAGCCAAUUCCAACGGCUGAAAUACCAUGGCAUGGAUGGCGAAAUUAUGGCUGUCAAGUGAAACAAGAACCAGAAAUAUGGGAUAGUGGUGGUGCAGCUGAUCUUUUAUUCGAAGAACUUGAGAAAGAUGAAGAAAUUUAUUCCCUAAUGAUAUCUGGAUUGUGUAAAUAUCGUAACGUUGAAUGUUCUGCACGUGCCUUAGAACUUUAUAAGGAAAUGCGCGAGAAAGAUUUUGUUGCAACUGUUGAGGCAUACUAUGGUCUAAUUACAAUUGCGAAGACUUGGCAGGAAGCGAUAUUUUAUUUGAAAGAUAUGGCAUUAUGUAAUGUUAAACCAAAUAUUGGAAUUUUCAAUGUUUUCAUUGAGAAAUCUAUAUCACUGCAACUUCGUGACCAGUUUAAUACAGCAAUCAAAAUAUUGAAUGAAGCAACGACCGUGGGAUGUAAGCCAAGUUUACGUACGUAUUCGUUAAUAAUGAAGAGUUGUCUAAAGCAAAGGAACGUUAACAAGUCUGUCUCAUUAGCGCAUCUAAUGCAUAUUUUGGCAGAACUUGAGCAGACUGAAGCAAUUGAAAUACUGGAAAAAGGUGAUGAAGAAUUUUUUAUUAGUGCAAUGGAUUUUGCGUACCAGACAAGGAGUACUGCAGUCGCAGAGAGAAUAUUAGCCCUCUAUCAUGCACCAAACAAUUAUGUUCGUUUACCCGCUUUUUUGGGGGAAGCAGAAUUUUAUGGAUUAUAUUUACGCAUUGUAAUUGAUCAGUUGCCUCUGCAAGAGCUUGAAAAGCAAUAUAUGUCGUUGGUCCCACGGAUUGUUCCAUUAUCCAAUAAUUUGGCAGUGAUUAUGCUUCGAAGAUUGCAGACUGAAAAGAAUGUGCCAUGGUUAUUCUCGCGCCGAUUGAUUGAAGAUUUUAUUACAAGUCGACAUAUUUUGCGACCGCAUCUAAAUCAACAGUUGCGCUCUUAUCUGCUUAGCAUAGAUUUAAAGAAAAUGACUGUGGAACAGAAAGAAGAGCUUCUCGAUUUAGUUAUAAAAAUCGUUGAUAUUUUUGUGGAAGUAAGCCGGUUUUCAGAAGUAAAGCACUUGCAAAAGAUUCAAAAGAAGUUAGAGUCUGAUUUCAUAGCGGAUAUGUCGUUAUUGAUGAUGAAACUGGAGGAGAGGGAACGUGCGUGGAAGUUUCUAGCAUUACUAUUAGAUGAAGAAGCGAAACAAGGUGAAACUGCUACAGUUAGCAAUGAAAGAUCUCCGAGUUACGAAAUUUUAAAUUUAUUGAUGCAGGAAGCACUAAAUGAAGGUAAUUGGUAUAAUGCGAGCUGUUGUUUGCAAAUUAUGGCAUUAUAUUCACUAUCAGAAGAUUUGAAAUCGGAAGUGGACCGUAUUGCAGAACUAUAUGCAAAAGGUACGGUUGAAGGAGCGUUUGAAUGUCAGGUUAUCCGAGCAACAGGAAUAAUGGAAAUAUUUAAGCAGCUGUUAUUACCACAACGAUCAGCUUGCCCCUGGCCACUUCUCGGUAUAAUGAUCUUUGUACGGGCACAGGAAAGGACAGAUAGAUCGUGGCUGAUAAAGGACGAAUAUUAUUUAUGCAAAUUCUACCGUGAAGCGGCGGAUAAAAUCACAGUAGGCCAUUGUUCUGUCUAUGUAUUUGAAGAUAUGUUCCGCAUAUUCUUCCCACUGAUACUUACCGUACAUCAUUCAUGGACAUCCAAGUACUACUGCGGUCCAAAUAAUAAUGCAUUUUACCAGUUUGUGUCCCAACUGCUCACCAUACCGUGCGAGCAGUAUCGGAGAGAAUUGUACAACCUAUACAUUGCAAUUUCCCUCAGUGGUUCGGGAAGUCCUACAAAUGCAGUUGGCAGAGAGAGUCGUACUCUGAAAAGUGAAGGGAAGCUAUUUUGUUCUCGAAUUCGUUCUCAGCUGUUCCUGUUUCAGUCCAAGUUUUGUGUGAAAAAGAUAACGCGGUGGAUUUCGUCUAAUUCCGGAACACUCUCUUCCUGUUCAUAUCGUGAAUUCGACACUAAACUGCAGUGUUGCAGUGCAGGAAGCAGUCCGUGGCUUGUAGCUCAAGAAAUCCCCGCGGAGAAUGACAAAGUUGCCGAAGAGACGACGACACCCAAACUUUCUUUCCUUCUUCCAUUACGAUUUUCGUUAUCUCAUGAGAAUCAGAAUCAUCAGCUGGAACAACAAAUCUCUCCGUCGUUUCCACUUUGA